AUGAGCAAUAUUGAUGAAUUUUAUGAAUAUGCAAAAAAUAAUUUUUUAAGCUUUUUAAAGAAGAAUAAUAUAAAUUCUAAAAAUGAAGAAAAGAUAGAAAUUAAGGAAAAUAAAAGAAAAAUUAAAGGAAUAAAUAAGAAAGAUUUGUCUGAUAUAGAAAAAUUAAAAAAUGAAGAACUUAAAGAUAAAGAGAAUUAUGAUGAAAAAUAUAAAAAUUUUAUAUUGAAAAAAAAGGAAAAGAAAAAAAGGAAAUACAGGAAAAGUUCUUCUAGUAUGUCAUCUUAUAAUGAAAAAAAUGAUUCUAGAAAUAAAAAAAAGAAAAAAAAAAGGAAACAUGAAGAAUAUAAAAAAACUUGUAGAGAAGAAAAAAAAAAAUAUAAAGAAAGAGAAAUUAAAUCAUAUAUUAAUGAUCCAAUUAGUGAUGAUGAUAAGAAUAAUCCCGAAAAUGAAAAUUUGUCUCUGCUUCAUCAAAAUGAAAAUGAUGUUAAAACUCAUUUUCCAGAAAAUAGUAAACUAAAAAUUAAAUUAGAAAAGAUAAUUGUUGAAAAAAAAAAUAGUAUGUUGUUAAAAAAUUCAUUAAAUAAAAAUUUAGUUGAUUGCAAAUAUUGUAUUGAUUCUAAUUCAUUUGAUAAAAUAAAUAAAUUAAAUAUAGUUAGUAUUAGUAAUAGGUCAUACAUAUGUUAUUAUAAUUAUAAAAAUAUUUUUUUAAAAGAUCAAUUGUUUAUUUCACCUAUAGAACAUACAACUAGUAUAACUAAUACUGAUUUUGAAACAAUUAGAGAUAUACGUAAUCACAUGAAAUCAUUAAUAGCUAUGUUAGAACCAAAUAAUCAGACAUGUAUUUUUAUCGAAUUCAAUAAUUGUUUUAAUUCAAAUAUUGAAUUAAUAUCUAUGAGAAAAACUAAACAUACAUAUAUAAAUUGUUACAUAAUACCGAUGGAAUUAUUAGAAAAAGCAAAGAUUUAUUUCAAAAAAAAUAUGGAAGAUAUAAAUUCUUUAUAUAGAGAAAACAAACAAUUAAUUAUUACUGACAAUAAAUAUGCACCUUACAAUAUUAUUCCGAAGAAAAUUCCAUAUGUAUCAAUUAAUUUUUCUCUUGUUGAAACUUAUAUACAAGUUAUUGAAAAUAAUUACGAUUAUAUAAAUAUGUGUAAGUGUAUUUUUACUGAUCUUUUUAAAAAAGAUAAACUAUAUAAAUAUUUUAAUAAUUUUCAACAAUAUGUAAAUACAGUAGAACAAUUUAAAAGUUCCUAUGAAAAGUAUGAUUGGACUAAUUAUAUAAAUAAAUAG